AUGCCCAAAAAGCGACAAAUCCUGGCAUUGAAUGUCAUAAAAGGAGUAGCUGGGCGUUCAAUGCCCACUAAGGACUCCCUUGUUGAAGAACAAAAAGAAAUCAGAACUCAUGAGGAGACCAUAGAGGUUCCCUUAAAUGCUUGGUUAAAGAUUAUAGAAUCUGAAGAAUACUCCUCCUCUGAUGAGGAAAAAGAAACUAGGGAGGAGCAAAUUGCUCAGUACCUAGGGAUUUUGAUGAAGUUGAAUGCCAAAUUAUUUGGAACAGAGACAUUGGAGGAAGAACCUCUAGUGUUCACCAAGGAACUCAAUGUCUUGUUUCAGAAGAAACUAUCUCAGAAGAUGCCGGAUCCCGGACACUUCCUAAUUCCUUGCACUAUAAGAACAAUCACCUUUGAGAAGGCCUUAUGUGACUUAGGGUCAAGCAUAAACCUCAUGCCUCUCUGUGUAAUAGAGAGGCUAGGAAUCUUUGAAGUGAAAGCUGCCAAGAUCUUAUUGGAGAUGGAAGACAAGUAA